AUGGCUUUCCUUUGCCCUGUGAGGAUCAGACGAGGAAAGAAAAAGAAAUCCAGUAGCGGUGAUUCGGACAAAGAACUAUCACGUCCAGGCUCAGGUUUGAGUCCUGGUAUGGGUCGGAUCACUGGUUCUGCGAGCAUAGAAACAUUAGUCAGGGUCGGUAUAGAGAAGGAGCAUGGAUUGAGCCCCGAUUCAAAAAUGGUUGUACUUCAUGACUUUGCACCUUGCGUAGAUGAUGAACUCGAGGUGAAAAGAGGACAAAUUGUAAAUGUUCUGUAUCGAGAAAAUGACUGGGUUUAUGUUAUUGUGACUGAUUCAAGACGAGAGGGCUUCAUACCGCAUUCAUAUUGUGCUCCCUGUGACCAUCAUGACUUGAAGAAGAAACUCCCGAGAAGCAGAUCACCCACCGAUUUAGCACAUAGGGAUGUGUCACAGCUGUCAUUGUCUGAUGGAGCAACAAAUGAUGGUCAUUCGGAACUGGGGAGUGAAGGAGAGGCUUGUCCUUUCAGCAAAGAUCCAUCGGGGAGAUAUGUGGUGUUAUACACAUUCACUGCUAGAGAUGAAAAUGAUGUGGAUGUUGAACGAGGGGAAUUUGUAACAGUUCUGAAUAGAGAGGAUCCGGAUUGGUAUUGGAUUGUGAGGAGCGAUGGCCAAGAAGGUUUUAUACCUUCGGGAUUCGUAUACCCAGCUGUUGUUCAACCAACACAACAAGACACGACACAGACGCUGUCGUCACCGGCGGCUAAUUCUAACAACACAACGAACAACAACACUAAUAUAUCAAACGACGACGGCAGAUACCACGGGACUGAACUAGUCAUGCUAUACGAUUAUAAGGCUCAAGCCCCGGAUGAUUUAUCAGUGAAGCGCGGUGAAUGGGUUUAUGCAGAUCUAACCCAGCAGACAGUAGAGGGUUGGUUAUGGGCUCACGCUCCCAAGUCGAGAAGAUCAGGAUUCAUACCUACUGCAUACGCCCGACCACCUCAUACGACAGCACUAUGA